GGGUGGGUGCCCGCGGGCGCCCCGGGCAGUGCAGGGGCGCGCGGGGGCGGCGGGCGCGGCGCUGCCAAUCGCAGACAAAGGCCGCCCCAGUGAAUCAUGUGGUGCCGGGGGAGGAAGUGCGGCUUGUUUUCUUUCCUCCAGUCGCCGGGCUCCGGGCGGAGCGCGAUGCUCGGAGACCCCCACGGGGGCGGCGGCGGCGGCCGCGAGCCCAGAUGAGGCGCCCCCGGCCCCGCUGCAGCGUCCCCGGCCCGAUGGAGGCUCCGCCGUGGGACCCCCUCCGCAACGACUCGCUGCCGCCCACGCUGACCCCGGCCGUGCCCCCCUACGUGAAGCUCGGCCUCACCAUCGUCUACACCGUGUUCUACUCGCUGCUUUUCGUGUUCAUCUACGUGCAGCUCUGGCUGGUGCUGCGCUACCGCCACAAGCGGCUUAGCUACCAGAGCGUCUUCCUCUUCCUCUGCCUCUUCUGGGCCUCCCUGCGGACGGUCCUCUUCUCCUUCUACUUCAAAGAUUUCGUGGCGGCCAACGCGCUCAGCCCCUUCGUCUUCUGGCUGCUCUACUGCUUCCCCGUGUGCUUGCAGUUCUUCACUCUCACGCUCAUGAACUUGUAUUUCACGCAGGUGAUUUUCAAAGCCAAGUCAAAAUAUUCUCCAGAAUUACUCAAAUACCGGUUACCCCUCUACCUGGCCUCGCUCUUCAUCAGCCUCGUGUUCCUGUUGGUGAAUGUAACCUGCGCGGUGCUGGUGAAGACAGGAAACUGGGAGAGGGAGGUCAUUGUCUCUGUUCGCGUGGCCAUUAACGACACCCUCUUUGUGCUGUGUGCCGUCUCUCUCUCCAUCUGUCUCUACAAAAUCUCCAAGAUGUCCUUAGCCAACAUUUACUUGGAGUCAAAGGGCUCCUCUGUGUGUCAAGUGACAGCUGUCGGAGUGACCAUCAUCCUGCUUUACACCUCCCGAGCCUGCUACAACCUGUUCAUCCUGUCGUUCUCCCAGAGCAAGAACGUCCAUUCCUUUGAUUACGACUGGUACAACGUAUCAGACCAGGCGGAUCUGAAGAAUCAGCUGGGAGAUGCUGGAUACGUGGUAUUUGGAGUGGUCCUUUUUGUGUGGGAGCUCUUACCCACCACCUUAGUCGUUUACUUCUUCCGAGUUAGAAACCCUACGAAGGACCUUACCAGCCCUGGAAUGGUCCCCAGCCAUGGAUUCAGUCCCAGAUCUUACUUCUUUGACAACCCUCGAAGAUAUGAUAGUGAUGAUGACCUUGCCUGGAACAUUGCCCCUCAGGGACUUCAGGGAAGUUUUACUCCAGACUACUAUGAUUGGGGACAACAGACUAACAGCUUCCUGGCACCAGUGGGAACUUUCCAGCCAGACUCCGUUUUGGAUCCUGACAAACCAAGCCAUGCGUAGCAUCAGUCAACAGCUCUAUGGAAGAUUCCUCAAGUGAAGAGCGUCAAAGAAACUAACUUAAUGACAGCUGAAUUUUUAAGGCACUUUUCCUUAAGAAAUAGGACUUGAUUGAUUUUUAUUUGUUACAGGUUUCUAAUGGCUCCAUAGGACUAAGCAAUAAUUUAGAUUGAGAAAACCUUAUUUUAGUACUAAAAGGUGAGCCUGGCUGCCCAUUUCAGUGGGUAUAAUUUAAACGUUAAAAAGAAUUCUGUACUUUUAUAAAGAUGUAUUUUAUAUAACUUAAAUAAUAAUGCUAAAAUAUAUACUAGGAUUUUUUGAGAAUGUUACUGCAAUAUGUUUGUAGUUUGCACGGACUUUUAUGCAUAAUUCACUUUAAAAGUAUACAGUACAUGGUCUGACGGUUGUUUAAGGCUUUUGGACUUAAGUAUUCUUCAGAUCCUUACCUCUUCAGAUCGUGCAGAUGCUGAGCUUCACACCUGGAAGACUCCAAAUACAACUGACAUCUAGAAAGCCCAUUACAACUCCAGUGUUAAAAGUUAUAAUGUAGCAGAGAAUCAGCAGACUACGUACCAGGUAAUUGGUUCCUUCCUUCGCAUUCUUUAAGGUCCAGACAGUUGUUAGCUCAAAGAAUCUCCUAAAUGUCACCAAAAAUGUGCUACUCUGAUUUUCAGCAGGGCACUAACGUAUACACUUCAGUGAUAAGUGGAUAUGUUAAAAACACGGAUAGAGCUGACCUACACUGCUAAGCCUCCUCUGCUAUAUUCAGAAACUUUGCAUAGUUUUUCAGCCCAGUGAAAUCUAGUAUCUGUUACCUCAGUACUUCCCAAGACGGCACCUUUCCCAAAUCAUGGACCAUUCAUUACAUUCAAGGAACAGAGGAGAGGUUCUCAAAAGGGGAUCAAUAAUAAAUGCCCUGGAUCCAGAAGACUGUAUGGAAUCCUCACAGUUUUCCUGUCAUUUCUCAUCCUAUUUAAAAUAAUGCCUGGUAUUUCUAUAUAGCUCUGAAGGCAGGCUAUUGGAAGCGGCAGCUUUAAGUAUCCGGGAGCUCGACUCCUGUCCCUUAGCCAUGCAAAGAGGCAUGUUCCAGAAAACUGCUUCUCAGUCGUCUUUCGCUUCAGUGAAAUCAGCUGGUUCUCCAGCCACAGGUGCGAUUCUAAAACCUCCAAGAUCUAUACAGGUAACACUGCCUACGAUAGGAAACUCUGUCAGGGAGGUUAAAUGCUCUGAUUUUCUGUAAAACCGAGAGAAGGUACUGGAGGAAGGACUGUCUCCAGAGAGACAGUAUCUGCUCCGCCUAGAGAAUCUCACCUCUCGGGAUGGGAGGAGGAGCAGCAGAUGAAGAGAAAGUUAUGUUAAUAAGUUCUGCCUUCAUGACGAAACCCAUUUCCAAAAGGUCUCUUAUUUCCCAUUUUGGUCUUCAGAAAGGAUUUCUCUCUGGGCACUGAUUUCACAGAGAUCAAGUCUACUUCUCUUGAUGGUAAUUAAAAUUGCCAUCUCAAGUUUUAAAUGGCUUGUGAUUGGGUUUUUCAUUUGUAUGGAACGCCUUUAUCCUACAUAAUCACACAUAACAUAACAAAACAGUGUUCUUGCCUUUCAGCAUAUGGAAGAAUUGGGGUCACUGUCAGGGAAAAUUCUAGACUGAAGCAAAAUUUGCACUGAUUAUUUGGGUUGCCUUAAAAUGUUAUAAGUUGUUAUUAUUCUACAAAGCUUUAAGAACACCCUACUUGUCAUGCUGUCUUUGUUACUAAUUCUCUUGGGAGAAUUUAAAGGCAGACCCAGCAUACACUUAAAACUUUAAAUCAUGCUUUCAGAAAGUACUUCAAUUAGGUCAUUCAAGGGUAGGUAUAUUUUUAAAAAUACAGUAAUAAAAAAAAUCACUAAAAUCAUCCAAUUAUUAUAUUCAUGCUGUAUCAACACAUUAUUGUCCUGCUAUUACUGGCAGGAAAAUUGAAAUAACCAGCAUUAAGUGAUAAAAGCCAUAAUCUAUUUUUAUGAUAAAGCUGCUGUUUGAACUAUUUUUUUAUUGGAAAGGAUAAAAAUGUUCUAAGAGCCUAUUUUUCUCUUCUUCCCUUUUUAAAAAAGUAUUGCUAAAGCACAAGUAUUGUAAACACAUCUAGAAUAUAAAAAAUAGGAUUGUAUUAAACUGUCUUUCUCUCAAAGUAAAUGACCAUGUAUACCCUGGGAAACAUUAUAGGUAUGGUAGGUAUGAAAAGGGACAUUCAAAUUUCUUUAAUUUCCUAGUUGUGUUGUGCUGUUAAGGAGGUACACUAACAAAACUCCUCCUCCUGUGAAAUAUUAAAGGCUCAAAGAAGGCAAGGAAUGGGGAUUACCGGUUGUAAAAUACCUAAAUGUCUUUUUAAGGCAACAUGAUGAAAUUAAAACCCUGGUCAUUUGAAAGUUAAAAAUGUAUGGGGAAGAGGCAGUGUCACUGAAAAUUUUGUACUAAGUCUGAUUCAACACUAAAGGCUGCAUGUGAGUGUUUCUGGGCACCUACUGGAAAUAGGCAUAAGAGGUGUCUCCUUCUGCAGGUGAUUGUCUAAAAAUGUCAACUGAUUGGUGUAGGUAUCUUGCCCUGGCUCGUUCUUCUUUCUACAAUUAACCCACUUAACUGAGCCCCUGAUUACAACAUCCCGAGUAUGUUACACAUGGAGCUGUGGACUGUUAGGAGUUUUUUGACUCUUAUACGCUACACAUCAAUCAUAGUUAUGCCAGUUCUUUCUUGGAUGUAUGGGGCGUGUUGUUAAAACUGUGCUGGUUACCAUGUUCAACGGUGUAAAUCAGGCACGCUGGCUAGUGCAUCCCCAACUAGCCUCUCUUCCCAAAAUCCAAUAGAACUCUGUUAAUUCCUUGAACACUUAAUUCCUAUUAAGAGGAAAGGAAUAAGCAUUAGUAAAUCCCAGAGCAUGAAAAGUGCUGAGAGAAAAAGGUUCUCAUUUAUAUUUACAUAGUAGAUAUUACUAGAAUUUUUAUUUUUUUAGAAUCCUUUCUUAAUAAAAGUAAACUUACAUUAGAAUUAGAUGGGUCUAAAUAUUUGAGGCUUUUUUAAGAUUUCCAACUGAAGAAACUUUGUUAAAAAAAAUUCACUUUAGAGUACUGUAUGAUAAAAUCUAUACAAGUGUAAGUCUGAUCAAAGACAUAUCUAACAUGCCUUUCCAUUUUUUGUCCUAGGGGAGAAUUUUAUUUAAAAAAAAGUCCUAACUGUGCAUAAUGCUUAAUAUUUAAGACUUCUCAUGGUCCAGAGGAGCUGCUGGAGAGGAUCAGGCUAAAAAGUGGAGUUCUCAUCAAAAACUACAAAGUAAUCAAAGUGAGGAAACAUUUAAAAAGACAUGGAGUGGAGUUCAGUGUCUACUGAGUGCCUGUUACACGCUAGACACUGGGACACCUAGGUGUUUGCCAGUCCAUGGGUCCAGUCUGUAAACUCAGCCACAUCCUUCUGUUAACCCUACUCUAGGCCCUUAGUAGGGAUAUAUGGAAAGCCCUUGCACCAAUGGGUCAAAAUACCUGGAAAUACGCUAAAGAUGUCCCCGUGCCCCCAACCUAGAUAUCUGUGCGGCUUCCCCGUACCCGUCGUGCAGCUCUCUGGGCCUGGGCACUGAGGUAGGUUUCUUCAGUGUGGAGUUCUGCCCGGGUCAUCAAGUAGGGGAUCAAAGUCCUCAGAUUCAAAUCCAGUGAUUCAGUAGCUCCUAAUGCUAUCUGCCUGGUUCCUCCAAAGCUGGAUUUCUUUCAUCUAUUCCCUGACCUGGGACUGAAACCCAUCCUCUACUUUCCCAGAAACUGGUUAUACCUUGCCGAGAUUAAUUCGACUAUAGCCUCCAAGCUGGUCUUCCCUUUUGCAGUGUACUACUACUACUACUUAGAACAUUAGACUCUAUCUAUCUCCAGAACAUAUUUCCUGCCUCUGAACUUCAGUGUAGUCAGAACAGGAGAUCACAUGGCUCCCCCGCCUAGGUUUGUGACCUCUUUCUCUUUAGUCCAUAUGAGCCUCAAAAUCCUUCCCUUUCUCUGAACCUCAAUUUCCCAUGAAUCUUGCUAAUCUACAACUGUCCCUCCGGUCCCUUUGCAGUCCCCAAGUCAUGGUGCUCCUUGAAGGCAUUAACUGGGAUCUAAAAAGGCAUGUUUAGGAUAAACAAAUGGUCUGCUAGGGCCAUUCAUUUUGUGUUGCUGAGGAUCCUUGACUGUCCCCUUCCUGAAUUCACUAGCCCAGAGCCUAGGCUUUAGGUCUGUAGACUUAAUACCUAUCCAAGGGAGAACACUUACCCAUUUAGAGGUAUAUUCUGUGAAGGAAAUCCAUAGGGAAAGGGAAAUAAUGUAUCCAGGUGCUGCCUGAAGAAUGCAGACUCUGACCCAGGGGUGUUAGCAGGAUGAUUUUAACCUGUGACAACUUGAUGGCACCAUCAAGCGGACACGAAGAUUCAUUCACAUUGAGAGCAUCGUCUCCACUAGACAGGUUUCUGUGGCAGCUACUCCUCUUCAAUUGGUCCAUUCUUUCCCUGGGUGAAUUCUCACUUCAAACUCGAUACAGCCUAGUUAGUUAGGUUCUAGAAUUCCUAAGUUGCCUGACGGCAGGGAUAUCGGGGUUUUGUUCACUGCCAUGUUCCCAGCAUCUACAACAGUGAAUGGUCAAAUCCUGUUCUUGUGGUAGACUGUGUCUUUCUUUUGUAAAGGCCAUCUCUCCCACUUGCACUUUCAUCCACUGAGUAUGGAUUUGACAAGUAAAAUACUCCCGUAAGGGCUUAGCCCUGUUUUCUCAGCUAUCCAACUUGUGGGUAGAGAAUUCAUAAUGGAAUAAAAAAGGAAAUAAGGAUUUUACAUAAGGAUAGUCUCCAGGAAUGAUUUGAGAACUCAAUCUUAGAAACACUGAGAGAUGAAAUUCUGUCCACACAGGCACUAAGUGCCCUGUGUCUCUCUCUGCCCUCCCAUGUUUGGGCACUGGCAAUAGAAUACUGAAAUAAUGAACACAACAGGCAGUAAAAAGUAGAUCUUUAUCAGAUCAAGUUUAAAAUUAAAAGAAUAGGGACACAUUAAAGUGGUUAAAAGUACAACUCUUAAGAGAAAAACCCUGAACUGGGCAGAGUUCAGCACGAUACACAUGUUAAAGAAUUUUUUUUUAAGUGCAUAUGGAAUAAACAAGCACAGCUAAAGAAAACUGUUUUUAAAAAGGGCGGGGGUUGGGGAGAAGAAGGGACCAACACACCAGAUAUUUAAACACAGACCCUGAGUAAUUAAACAGACCGAUGAAACAGAACGAGAACCCCGACACGGAGGAGCUGACUCCAUGUGUGACGUUGGAUAUAAUAAAUGUAGCAUCUCAGACUACGGAGGAGGAGACCAACUGGUUCAGUCAGUGGUACUGGAAUUGGGUGAUCACCUAGGAAGAAAUUAAGCUGCAUCCGUAACUUACACCCUACACCAGGACAUACUCCAAAGGGAUCAAAACUUAGAUCUAAAAAACCAUGAAAGCUCUAAAAGGAACUAUAGGUGAAUUAUUGCCGUGCAAGGAAGAAGGUGUUCAAACUAUGACUCGAAGGCCAGAAACCACUGAGAAACAGAAAUUAAAAAAAAAAAUUGCAUGGCAAAACCACCAUAAGCCAAGUCAAAAGACAGACACCAAAUUGAAAAAAAAAAUUUAGAGCUCAUCACAAAGGAUUAAUAUCUGUAACCAAGCACUCCUAGAAACUGAUAAAAGAUCAACAAUGCAGUAGAAAAAUGAGCAACAGGUAUGAAAAUGAGGAAAUACAAGUGGAUCUUAAACACGUUAAAGGGGAUCAAUCUCACUUGUAGUAAGAAAUCUAACUUCUUACUACAAGUGAGAAACUAAAACACGUUGAUACGUAAUUUUGUAUCUACCGGAGUGGCAAACGUCAAACCCACAUCUACGUAGGUAAGGUGGUGGGUAAGCAGGUACGGUCUUGUAUGUGAACCAGGUAACUGCCUCUACCGAGGGAAAUAUUCUAUCAUGGUCUGUGAAAUGGAAUUUUGGGGAAUUUAUUCUACAAGUACACAUUUAUGUAUGUGUGAAAUGACAUGCACAAGGUCUGGAAACAACCCAAAUGGCCAUUAAGAGGGGAUGGUUAAUUAAACAAUUGUACAUUCAUAUAAUGGAAUACUAAGCAGUUACUAAGAAAAGCUUUAAUGAGUAAGCUAUCUAGGGAGGUGGGAAGACUACCAAGAAAAAUAAAGUCAAUAAAAGCAAAUGGUAUGUAUAGGAUGCCACUC